AUGCCAACAUACUCCAUGAAUUGCUUUAAACUACCAAGAAGCUUAUGUAAGGACAUCGAGUCUCUCAUUCGAAAAUUCUGGUGGGGUUAUAGAGGAGAGCAACGUAAAACUCAUUUGGUGGCGUGGAAUAAACUUUGUCUCCCUAAAUGCCAAGGUGGUUUGGGAUUUCGAGACAUUGAAAACUUCAACCUUGCCCUCCUUGGAAAACAAGUAUGGAGGCUAAUACACAAUCAGGAUUCUCUGUUCUACAAGGUUUUUAAAGCCAAGUUCUUUCCAACCUGCUCAAUCAUGGAUGAAGGGGUCAAGACCAAUGGAUCUUAUGCAUGGCAGAGUAUACUUAAGGCUCGCCAAGUAGUUGACAUGGGAUCUUAUUGGAGGAUUGGAGAUGGCCGUAGUGUACUGAUCAGAGGGGACAAGUGGCUACCAGCUGGGAUGCUGACCGAGUUAGGAGUGAAUUUCUACCUUUUGAGGCUAAGGAGAUCCUUAGCAUACUGCUAA